CUGAGCCCCGGCGCCGACAUGCUGUGGUGCCGGCUGGGCGCCGGGCGGCUGCGGCUGCGGCUGCGGCUGCGGCUGCCGCGGCUCGCGGCGCCCACCUCCGCGGGCGGCCGUGAGUGUCCGCAGUGGGCGCGGGCGGUGGCGUCAGUGUCCGCGGGCGGCGCGGGCGGCCCCGGCAGCUGGUACGAGGCCCUGGCCGCGUCGGCGCCGGUGCGGGGCGCGGAGGAGCUGCUGCUCGGCGUGCACAGCGCCGCGGGCCUGCCGUGGUGGGCCUGCAUCGGGCUCACCACCGUGGCCCUCCGCGGCGCCGUCACGCUGCCCCUGGCCGCCUACCAGCACCGCGUCCUGGCCAAGGUGGAAAAUUUACAGCCAGAAAUAAAAAACAUUGCAAGGCAUCUUAACCAGGAAGUUGCGGUUCGUGCAAAUCAGUUGAGGUGGUCCAAAAGGGUUGCCAGGCUCACUUAUCUAAAGAAUAUGCGGAGGCUUGUUUCAGAGCUGUAUGUUCGGGAUAACUGCCACCCUUUCAAAGCCACUGUAUUGGUCUGGAUUCAGUUUCCAAUGUGGAUCUGCAUGUCUGUUGCUCUCCGGAAUUUUAGCACAGGGGCAGCACAUUCAGAAGCAGGUUUUUCUGUUCAGGAACAGUUAGCUACUGAUGGAAUCCUGUGGUUUCCUGACCUCACUGCACUGGAUUCUACCUGGAUUCUGCCUAUUUCUGUUGGUGUCAUCAAUUUAUUAAUAGUGGAGAUUUUUGCCCUGCAAAAAAUUGGAAUGUCUCGUUUUCAGACAUACAUUACAUACUUUGUUCGUGCGGUAUCAGUGUUGAUGAUUCCAGUUGCUGCGACAGUACCUUCAUCGAUUGUACUCUACUGGUUAUGCUCCAGCCUCAUGGGGCUUUCACAGAACUUGCUGCUGCGCUCUCCUAGAUUUCGCCAGCUUUGCCGAAUACCGUUGACCAAGUCAGAUUCAGACUCUCCUUAUAAGGACCUCUUUGCUGCCUUUUAUACCAAGUUCAUUUCAAGAAAAUGACAUGCUUUCCAGUAAUUUUGAAACAAUUGCAAGUGUUACUAUCACAAUAUAUUUACGUUUAGAAAUUCAGGUGUGAUUUAAUUUGUUUUUAUUUAAAAUCAUGAAUUGUAGAAGUACUGUGGGUUAAGAUACAAUCCAAAUAUAUUUGACAAUACUUAAAAUUUUUUAAGUGCUAGAAUUUUAUGUUUAAUUGUAUUCAAAAAUACAAAAGUAGAUUGAAAGUGUCUGGUUCUGCUUAUAAAAUUAUAACUUACUAGAGGUGCCACAACUUUGGAAAACAGGAUCAAAUACUGAAUGAUGUCAGAUUAUACUGACCAGUCUCCUACAUUAAAGUUUUAUAAAGUAAGAGAAUCCGUUGAGGUGGUUCUUAAAAUUUUGGAGAUGUGGAGGAUCAUAGACCCAUUUAUUUGCUAAGGCUACAGCUUUCUUUUCAGGAAAAUCUUGGGACUCACAACAUGGGGACCUUCGUUGAUGACCUUUUCCUUCCCCCUGUCCUGAGGCUUUCUGGUCAUUCCUGGUUGAGAAAUCUUAUUCUAAUUGGACACGCAAUGAUGAUGAGUUAAUGUGUGACUUUAAAAAAAUGAACGAAAUAUAUGCAGUAGAUUAGUCCUUAUAGGAAAGUACCUAAUAUCAUAGGUGAUGUUGCCUUUCAACCCUGCUCUGAAAGACUACAAGAAGGGUGCGUUCCUUUUUCUAUCACUUAAGAAGACUGGACUAGAGGAUAGCACUGAGUACAGCUAGAGCCCAAAGUGGGAAAUCUUAAGCAUUGAGUUUGUAUAGUUAAAGGAAGAAAAUCAGAAGGGCAGCUACCUACUAUGGAGGUGAUUUUAUAAACUAUUUGGAAGGAUUAAGUAUUCUAGUGGGUUUAAACUAUCAUAGGUGCUUAAUAUAGAAAAAAUUAACAGAUAAUAUAAAUUGUGGAUCCAGUUUUUUGCUUGUUCGAUUUGAAAAGAUGAUAAAACUAAUCACAGUUGGGUUAUCUAUGAAUAAACUUGAGAAGAUUGUAAAUUACAAAUUUUCAUUUAGUUGAAAUAUGAACCUGCUUUUGAGAUGCCCUAUCAUCCCAUCUCAUGUUUCACAAUUAAACGAAAACUAAUGUGGAAUUAAUUAGUCAUUUCUUGAGGAAUGUCUGUUAACGUCAGGAAUGUCAGCUUUUGGGGCUGUCACCUUACCAGGAAUUUAGAGGUAGCAGUUGGGACCUGGUUCUCUUCUUGACUUCCCAGUUCUGGUUCAUGACUGCUCUACUGAGGUAAUUGUCCAAUCUCAGUGAAAGAAUUGAAACCUAUGUGCAAUCAGUCCUCAUGCACAGACUUCAUAUUUGCCGGUUUGCCUACUCACUAAAAUUUAUUUGUAACCCCCAAAUCAGUACAGUGCUUUUGAUGUUAUUUUUGGACAAACAGUGGCAAAAAUUUGAGUCAUCCAAGGUGUGUUCCCAGCUAGGUCAAACAAGGCAACUUCUUGUCGUCUCUCAUACUGUGUAACCAAGUGUCCUUUGUGUGGUGUAGUGCCAUAUUUUUUUUUUCAUUUUUGUGCUUUUUGUUGGUGAUGUCACUAUUUAAAAUGGUCUCCAACUGUUGUCAUGCUAAGGUGCUAUCUAUAUUUUCCAGGCACAAGAAUGCUGUGGUGUUCCCUAAGGAGAAAGUAACCCCUACAUUAAAUAAACUUCAUUCAGGCUUGA